CAAACAUCCACAAUGAAUCCACAAGUAUUACUAGUAACUAUCAUAGGAUUUAUCCUGCAGAAUGUCCAGGGUCAGAUGUCCUGGAUGAACAUGCGUAAUAUGAAUAUGAGAGGGAUGAAUCCGGCUAUGAGUUUAGGCCUCAGUGGUUUACAAACUCUGGGUGCAGCUUCUACUUCCGGUAUACAGUCUGGACUUGGCAUGAACCUCGGUAGUGCUACCCCAGCAUCCCAGAUGAUGAUGACUUGUGUUGGUAAACAACCUGCUUCCACUGGCGGUCAGAAUAUCAUCGCCGUCACUAUCAAACAAGUCACUGUCAGCAACAACAACAAUAACAUGUUCGCCUUAUUUAACCCAAGACCAUCUAGCGAAAUAAGGGCCGAUGUUUCCAUUACAUCACGGGAUAUUGAUGGCAUGUUUUCACUAGUAGUAACAGAAAGAGCACGAGAUGAAAGCACCUGCACCACCGAUGGUAUGGGAGAAUUAGUUGCAAGUGCCAGUGGUAGCGGUAACAAUUUUGCUCGACAACUAGGUAUGUUUGCCAUGGCACCUCAAUUCGCUGCUCAACUCAAUUCGGAGAGAAGUAGCGGUAUUUUACGGGAUGUCGACAUUAGACCAGGGGAGAAGAAAGACCUGUCAAUCUCAGCUUCCAGUCUACCUUUUAGUAAUAUGAGAAAUUUUGCUGGUCACGGUGUUGCUUUAUGUGGAGUAGUAACACCAGUGGGAGAUAUCGUGGUCAACACCAAUCAGUUUGGUUUCCCAAUUGGAAAUGCUCAACAGAUGAAUACAGCCGCUGUCUGUGAAGGAGAAAUUCCUCUAUGCUGUAAAUUGGGAUACGAUAAUGUUGAAGCAAUGCCUUUUUAAAGACAUAUAGUCCAUAAGUCAAUCGGCUGUACACUGCCAAUUCUUUUAUUCAAAUUAGCUAUAUUUACAGUCUAUAAUAUCAAAUAUUUUUGCAAUAGUCUAAAUCGUUUUUUCCAAUAUUCAUCAAACUACAAUUACUACUGUUAUCCUAAUAUUUACUACUGUUAUCCUACAAUUACUACUGUUAUCCUACAAUUACUACUGUUAUCCUACAAUUACUACUGUUAUCCUAAUAUUUACUACUGUUAUCCUACAAUUACUACUGUUAUCCU